CGACAGAAUGACGUUUAUGGCAGGAUUUAGUGGUUUGUGGGACUCGGCUGCCAUUUUUGAUGACGUAUCACACACUCUGCUGUAUUGGAGUCAAGAAGUGUGUGUGUGUGAGUGUGUGUGUGUUUAACCUACUCUUUAGACAUGGCGUCUAGCCGUCUGGUCCUCCUGCGUACGAUGCUCGGCUCCGUCAGAAGGCCUGUUGUGAGCAGCGCACGAGUGCCUCCUGUCACUCAGCAUCUCAGCCCCCAUGUUGUCGUCGCUGCUCCUUGCUACGCUCGCCAUUACGCUACCAAGAAAAGUAAAGCUAAAGCCAAGAGCCAGACAGCUAAGGUGAGCAUCAACGCCGCCCUGGUGGAGGACAUCAUCAGCCUGGACGAGGUGAAGGAAGAGAUGACCGCCGCGCUGGCCACGCUGAAGGACGACUUCAGCCGCAACCUGAGCAUCAGAACCUCACCAGGUGCGCUGGACCACAUCACAGUCAACACCAAGGACGGCAAAUUCCCUCUCAACCAGCUCGGACAGAUCUCCAUGAAAUCUCCACAGCUCAUCGUCAUCAACAUGGCCAGUUACCCCGAGGCCACAGCAUCAGCCACCCGUGCACUACAGGAGAGCAGCAUGAAGCUGAAUCCAGAGGUAGAGGGCACCAUCAUCAGAGUCCCCAUUCCCAAGGUGACUCGGGAGCACAGGGAGAACUUAGCCAAGUUGGCCAAACAGUUCAGCAACAAGGCCAAGGAGUCUGUGAGGAGAGUUCGCUCCAACGCCCUGGCGCAGGUGAGGAGGAGUAAAGAGGGCGUGUCUGAGGACACCAUCCGCCUGGUCGAAAAGCAGGUUCAGCAGAUGGCCGACGCUUUCGCCGCAGACGUCGACAAACAGCUCGCCUCUAAGACCAAAGAGCUCCUGGGCUGAGCGUUUCACCAAGCUUUCCGAUUCGCGAGUCGAGUCAGAAGCCGAACUUCCCGAAAAUAUCUUCACGGACGUCAACGUUUCUUUAAAGCUAAAUAUCCCGUAACCAGCGUGCUGAUGAAACCGGAUCGUAGAAGGCGGCGGCGGCGGUCAGGCUUCGGUUGCGUCGCGUGUUUUUAUCGCACAUAAACAAACGCCACCACGACACGGCAGAAACCGAUUGGCGACCGCACCCAUCUUCACAUCAUCAAAACAAACAACCAGGAGGACAGAUGAAGUUUUAAUGCGAUUCAGGGUUCCGCCCUGCUAAUCAGAGCGACGCCGCACAGCCGCGCUUACGGACGAAGUGCAGAAGCAAAUAUAAACUUCACAGGACGAGGCUCAUAAUAAGACGUCCGUUUCCCGUGUCGUUUUUUUUUUUUUUAAAGAUGGUUUCUGUUUGUGAAUAAAAAAUGUUUGGGAUCA